AUGGUUUACAGGUCUUUCAAGGUGAUUUUGAACUGUUCGGCGCUGCAGUCCCUCCUGCACCUCCUGAGCAGCCCCAAGGAGUCCAUCAAGAAGGAAGCCUGCUGGACCAUCUCCAACAUCACCGCAGGGAACCGAGCACAAAUACAGAUGGUGAUGGAUGCCGAUCUGCUGCCUCCUCUCAUCACCAUCCUGCAGGUCGCAGAGUUUCGCACAAGGAAGGAGGCAGCCUGGGCCAUCACCAACGCCACCUCAGGGGGCUCUGCAGAGCAAAUUAGGCACAUUGUGGAUCUCGGCUGUAUAAAACCUCUGUGUGACCUGCUCACACUCAUGGACUCCAAAAUAGUUCAGGUGGCUCUCAACGGCCUGGAGAACAUCCUGCGACUGGGAGAGCUGGAGGCCAAGAGGGGGGGGGGCAUCAACCCCUACUGUGCCCUCAUCGAAGAGGCCUACGGUAAGUCUACGUACACACACAAGCAGAGUUGGGUGUAA